GGGCGUCGUUCAUUCAUAAGCGUUCAUAUCACUAUAACUCUCCGUAGUAGAACAGUCUCACCUCAAACGUCGAGACGCUAACUUGGACUAUAGAGAAUUGUGUUUGUAUCUUCACCCACGCUAGUGUUCUUGUAUUUAAUACGGAAUAUACGGUGAACAUUCACAAUUGCGAGCAUGAUUAUGGACGGUAUAGACACAUUGUGUCAAGUGGCAUUAGCGGACCAGCUGAAUCUUAGCUUUGAUACCUACAACCCUCCGCUACAGACUGCUAACACUGGUGGACGUACAGGAUUGGAAGCAGACGAUUGCCUAAACACGCCGGUGACUACAAGCUCGGAUAUGCCGACCUUUUUCAGUGCGGAUACGGACUACGAGCCCUUGCCAAUUACCGCAAGCGUUGAAGCGUCUUUCACCAUCCCCGAGAAGGCCGAGACUCAGAGCCAUGCACAUGGUGUGCCCACCACGCAUCGCAUCUCCUACAAGGGAACAUUCACCACGACCGCCCCUGUGUCCUCCGCCGGCGAAUGCCAGUCGAACAACCCCAACCUGACGCCCAUCUUCACUCCUCUACUGAGCAUCCUAACUCAGGGAAAUGCCUCCCAGCUCCAGCAGGGACAGUUUGCCAUCGUCACAGGCAACCCAACGCAACCUGAACGUGCCGCGUCCGCGGGGCAAGGCUACCCUGGACAGGAGGAGCCGCAGCAGCAAGCAAAUCAAGCUUUCGAACAGUCGCAGCAAUACUCCAUGCCGUCAUCAGCAUCGUCGCCAACAGGCCAGUACCCACACAGUCAAUUCGGGUCUGGUCUGUCCACGACCUCCUGCAGCUCCACUCCCGAGCCGGACUACUCAGCCCAACAGGAAUACAGCACGCCUCCUCCUCCCUAUUCCCGCCAGUCGUCAUUCGAAUCCGGGGCCAUGCCCAACUAUGCUAUGAAGCAGCCUCCAACCUACAGCAGCUGCACGCAACAGAACUAUCCAUCUGUCAGUGGCACCCAGUGCAUGUCGUCAGGAAAUCUUCAAAUUCAUGUUAGCGAGGACAUUAGUUACUCAAAAAUUGGAUACAAAUGGCCAGGAAACAUCCCUGACUUGCAGCAACUCCAGGUUUCUUCGCCUUCUGCGAUGCCUGCUUCUUACACUGUUCAUGGACCUAUCAAAACUGAGCCUCAGGCUGAUGACUAUAUGAAUCUGCAGACGACUCUCCCUUCAGACUUUGCCAUGUCACCUUCAUGCUGUUCAGCAUCAGGAGUAUGCACCUCUCCUCCCGUCACCUCGACAGCUAAGCUCUCCUUGGAUGUGCUCUCAAAUCCCCAGUUCAAACUGCUGCCAGUAAAGCCAAGGAAGUACCCCAACAGGCCAAGCAAGACUCCACCCCACGAGCGCCCAUACGCAUGUCCAGUAGCAACCUGUGACCGCCGAUUCUCGCGGAGUGACGAGUUGACACGUCAUAUCCGGAUCCACACGGGCCAGAAGCCGUUUCAGUGCCGCAUCUGCAUGCGGGCAUUCAGCCGGAGCGACCACCUCACCACUCACAUCAGGACACAUACAGGAGAGAAACCAUUCUCAUGCGAUUACUGCGGGAGGAAGUUCGCGAGAUCUGACGAGAAGAAACGUCACGCCAAAGUCCAUCUCAAACAGAAAAUGAAGAAGGAGCAGAAAAUGUUACAAUCGUGUAGCGGGCCUAUGCCAUCUAGUAGCAAUAUGGGACUUGACGUAGAAUCUCCAAUGGACAUCAGUUCUGUGUCACAUUGUAGCCCUCUGUCAAUCCCCGUGACUGUUACGUCGGCAGCGCUAUGAAUUUAGGAUUAUCUUAGGACAUUUAACAAAUUGGCAACAAACUCUUUGACUCCUAAACGUGUCAUAAUACUUAUUAGUACUGGUGACAGAAUAGUGCAUUUACACUGUGAGUGGACUUCUGCUUCGCUGAAGGUCACGUGGUGUCAUGUCGUCUGACGACAGGCACGUGUUGACUUCCAUGGCAGCCUAAACACACUAAUGAUAUUCAAGAGCAUAUAACCGUGGACACUCCUCAAAGACAUAAAACAAUUACUUUCACUGGAUUAUAAUGUCUUCACAACGUCACUUAUCACGUGACGACUACGUCUUGUCACGUGACAACAAUAUGUCGUGUGAUAAACUUUUGCCAUCCUUCGUCAUGGACUAAAUCAUUCUCACCCUUGAUGGAUUAUCUGCACGCGGACUACUAGUAUGCCAGCUCGAGCGUGGUUGUUGUGGUAGCAAAAUACCAAAGACUCAUUUCACGAACUAUGUUUAUGAAUGCAUUACCUUUUUAUCAGAAAUGGCGGGAAAAUAUCAUUGUAUACAACUGAUUAUUUGAGUGAAUCAAAUGACAUUUUUUUUACCCGGUGAAAGUUAAGUGCUAAAAUUUACGAAGAAAUUUUAUUUUAUUUCAUCUAAUUUCAAUAUGGGCAUUAGUUUUCCCGCCAUUUUCCUCUGUCCGAACGCAAUCGUUUUUUGCUGGGGAAAAAACUCCCAUGAUUCUUGUUUCCCAUCAGUUGAAUCAUGGAGCUGGAUGUAAUGGCGACAUCCAGAUCCAUGUACCCUGCUUGGAUUGAGGCCUACUCUAAUCUCAUCAAAAUCCCCCACAAUCAGAAAGUAGGAGCGGGUUUAACUCCUUCAGUUACAUUUACUUGUUCUGCAUUUUACAAAGCUUUAAAACAUUAACGCGAUCUCUUGUUAAGAUUUUAUCAGUUUUUGGUCAGUAUGGUGUUUUUAACUCGGAAAAAGCCUCAAUCCUGUUCGGGUUCAUUAUGUGCUAAUCGUCCCUUGUGUACUACAAUCGCAGUGAGUAUCCAUUGUCAAAAAUUGAUAAUUACUUGAAUCAAACUCGUAUGGAUCUUGCCCUAAGUUGCCAUGUUUACGACGUAUGAUGACAAAGUCUUUUUCAAAAGAAAAGCAUAAACUUCGCAUAAUUCUUGAUGAAUUAAAGCUAAAGAAGUUAAGUUUGGUAUACAUAUCGUUAAAGUAGUGUAUUCAGUUUCACGUGAUAUUAAAGCGCUGCUGUGUGCAAAUUUUGCCAAUGUGUCCGAGACAGCUGGACUGUCCGAUUGGACACAAAAUGCAUGACGUCACUGGCGGGAAACAGUGACACAGCGCUCGUAUGGUAAUGUUGUUUUCCAUUUUUAUAAAAGAGAUGUUCAAAUGUUCAUGGUCGUUCAUAUUACGCCUUAUACAAAACAUCACGUUGUAUUAAAUACGCAUUCAUGGCUUAAUGGCUUCGUCAAUUAAGUUUUUGUAACCGGUGGUAAAUACUGAAAUUUAAGUAAGACAUAUAGUUUCUUUUGUCUGUUUUAAGGAGACUAUAGAAAAAAAUUAUUUCUUUUCUUUCAAGUAAAACUCGUCUGAAUAAAUUUCAAACACUUGUGUACGAAUUGUACACAAUUGUGAAAUCUAGUUGUCAAAAGUCGUAUUUUGAUGUGCUGUUACAAUAUAAUUGUUAAUUUGGCCUUGGCGAAAAAAGACUAAAAUUCUUUAUAUCGAGUUCUUUAUUUUUCUAUUCUCCUCUCAGAAUCGAUGCAAUGCGCAAGUUUGCUGGUACGCAAUGAGUCCAGGUUUUGUGAGGCGACAGACCAAUGACAUCAUAAGUUCAUUUCAUCUUUGGUUGACUGGUUUCACGUAUACAUCUUGCAUAGCAGAUGUACAGGUGAAUCGAGCAACCGAGAAGAAGCGGACGUCAGGAGCACAAAUUCGGGGUAUUCCCUUGGAAGAGGGUCAAUUUUGGGGUUGGAGGCUCAAAUCUGCCUGGCAAAGCACGAAAAGUGGAUAAUUUGGGGUGCCCUGUUUGGAUUCAGUUGUUUUGAUUUCUUGGUCUGUUGGGUCAUGAUAUUUUUUGUGAUACUACUGUUAUGGUUUCUAACUGAGUUGGAGACUAAGUUGACAUAAGUCCAAAUCCGCACUCGUUAAUUUAAUUGGUGUCACGUGGCCACGGCCGAUUGACAGUUGAGCGGACUAUGCCGUUGUUUCAACUCCUCUAUCAACUCUUUGUACAUUCUGUGUAUAUUUUAAAUAUUUUAAGUACAUUCGCGAAGCCAAAGGCUACAUGUGGAGACUGUAAAGUGUAGUAUUUGCUAUUAAUUUGCAAUAAAUAUUUUUAUCAAUUAAAUGA